AGUACUACAUCAGCCGAGUGGGUCGCUCACAAAAACUUUCCCCGUAGGAAUGGCCACCGCUUUUCUUUCACUUUUUACGACUGUGACCUACAAAACAACACGGAAGUGGAUUUAAAAGAAGCAACUUGGUCUACUUAUAUUUACAUUUUUGGACUUUUCUCACUUUUGGGGGGUUGCUUUGUCGAAAAAAAACCCCAAAACUUCAGGGGUUCUCUCUCGUGAUGGGGGUGGAAAGGAAAAUGUAUUCCCCCACGCAGCCCCGCACUUUUGUGAACUUUGUUGUGUUUUUUCUUGUGUUUUUGAGAUUAAUUUGUGGGGUUUGGUCGAACACAAGGACGUGUCCGGCUCCGUGCGUUUGUUUGGGGGAUCUAGUGGACUGUAGUCGACUGAAAAAGGGACAAAUUCCCAACUCUUUCCCGGAAUGGGUUGUUCAGCUGGAUCUGAGCCAUAACAAAUUGCAGGUGCUCGACAGCUCUUUGUUUUCUAAACUACAACAUCUAAAAGAAAUAAAACUGAACCACAAUGAACUGGAAGCCAUACCUGAUUUGGGAGCGUACGCGUCAAACAUCACAACAUUGAUUUUAGCAAACAACAAGUUCUCCAGAAUCACCAUUGAGCAGCUGAGACCGUUCCUCGCCCUGGAAACGCUUGACCUCAGCAACAACAACAUUGUGGAAAUAAAGGCCAACUCCUUCCCUGCGCUGCCUCUCAAGAACCUAUUCCUUAACAACAAUCGCAUCUCCUCGCUGGAGUCAGGCUGUUUCACAAAUCUAUCCAGCAGCCUUCAGGUUCUCCGACUCAAUCGCAACCGUCUCUCAUCACUACCGGCCAAAAUCUUCCAACUGUCCAACCUGCAACACCUGGAGCUAAGCCGGAAUCGAGUGCGCAGGGUGGAAGGCUUGACGUUCCACGGUUUGCAUGCUCUUCGCUCUCUGAAGAUGCAGAGGAACGGCCUAAGUCGCUUGAUGGAUGGAGCCUUCUGGGGCCUCAGUAAUAUGGAAGUCCUGCAGCUGGACUACAACAACCUGACGGAGGUGAGUAAGGGCUGGCUGUACGGCCUGCUGACUCUGCAGCAGCUCCACCUCGGCCACAAUGCCAUCAGCAGGAUCCGACCCGACGCCUGGGAGUUCUGCCAGAAACUCAGCGAGCUCAACCUCUCCUCCAACCAUUUGUCCCGACUAGAAGAAUCCAGUUUUGUUGGACUCAGCCUGCUGGAUGAGCUUCACAUCGGGAAUAACCGUGUUAGCUUCAUUGCUGACGGAGCAUUUCGAGGUCUUUCCAGCCUGCAGACACUGGAUCUUCAAAAUAAUGAAAUAUCCUGGACCAUAGAGGACAUGAAUGGGCCCUUUUCAGCGUUGGACAAACUGAAGAAACUAUUUCUACAGGGAAACCAAAUUCGCUCCGUUACCAAGAAGUCCUUCACUGGUCUGGACGCACUACAGCACCUAGAUUUGAGCAACAAUGCGAUCAUGUCCAUCCAAGCAAACGCUUUCUCCCAGAUAAAGAACCUACAAGAGCUGCGUCUGAACACCUCCAGCUUGUUGUGCGACUGCCAGCUCAAGUGGCUUCCAGUCUGGGUGGCAGAACAAACCUUCCUCCCCUCCAUCAAUGCCAGCUGCGCCCACCCGCAGAUGCUGAAGAGCAGGAGCGUGUUCGCCGUUGGCCCCGAGGAGUUCGUGUGUGAUGAUUUCCCAAAGCCUCAAAUCACCAUUCAGCCGGAGACCCAGUCGGCCCUCAAAGGAUCUAACGUGACAUUUGUGUGCUCGGCGGCGAGCUCUAGCGACUCACCUAUGACGUUUGCUUGGAAGAAAGACAAUGAGGUGCUUAACGAUGCAGAGAUCCACAACCAGGCCCACUUGCGGGUACAAGGAGGCGCCGGUGGAGAGACAGAGGUGACGGAGUAUACAACCACUCUGCAGCUGCGUAACGUGCAGUUCUCCAGUGAGGGAAAAUACCAGUGCGUCAUCUCCAACCACUUUGGAUCUUCUUACUCCACCAAGGCCAGGCUCACUGUUAACAUGCUGCCUUCCUUCACCAAGAUGCCCACGGACUUGAGUAUCCGUGCCGGAGCAACAGCCAGGCUAGAGUGCGCCGCUGUGGGUCACCCGUCUCCACAAAUUGCCUGGCAGAAGGACGGCGGGACAGACUUCCCUGCCGCACGUGAACGCCGAAUGCAUGUGAUGCCUGAGGACGACGUGUUCUUCAUUGUGGACGUCAAGACAGAGGACAUUGGUGUUUACAGCUGCACUGCUCAGAACAUUGCGGGGGCCAUCUCUGCUAAUGCUACGCUCACUGUUCUAGAAACACCCACAUUCCUGCGUCCUCUCAUGGACCGCACAGUCGCCAAGGGAGAAACCGCCGUCCUGCAGUGCAUAGCCGGCGGCAGCCCGGCUCCGAGGCUGAACUGGACCAAAGACGACAGCCCAUUGAUGGUGACCGAGCGCCACUUCUUUGCCGCCGCUAAUCAGCUCCUCAUUAUCGUGGAUGCGGCAGAAGCAGAUGCCGGGAAGUACACCUGCGAGAUGUCCAACGCCUUAGGCACCGAAAGGGGAAACAUCAGGCUGUCCGUCAUACCGAACCCCAACUGCGACUCCGGGUCGCAAGGAGCAGUCGGGGUUGGGAUCAUUGGUGGAGCUGGCUCAGAGGACGAUGGCUGGACCACUGUGGGCAUUGUCAUUAUAGCGGUGGUGUGCUGCGUAGUGGGUACCUCACUAGUGUGGGUGGUGAUUAUCUACCACACCCGAAGACGCAAUGAGGACUGCAGCGUCACCAACACAGAUGAGACGAACCUGCCUGCGGACAUCCCAAGCUACCUCUCCUCCCAAGGCACACUUGCAGACCGCCAGGAUGGCUACAUCCCAUCUGAGAGCGGAAGCAGCCACCAGUACAUGGCGUCAUCCAUUAGCGGCUUCUACCUGCAGCCGAAAGACAUGAAUGGAUUUUGUCAGCUGGAUACCGGAAGCGAGGGCGAGAUGGAAGCAUCUCUUGACCCUCUGCUCUGCCAUUAUCAAGGUCCAAUAAGUACGCUGCUUCGCCGAGACCUGUACCCCACCGAGCUCUCGGAAGUCUACACAGGGUGUUCCAUUGACCCAAGACCCGCUUGCACAGACACCUACAGUAGUAGCCUGACCAGGUCUAAAAGAAGGGAUUAUGUCCUCUCAGAGCCUUUUGAUCUUUCUUCAUCCACCAUCCUGAUGCAGCUUCCCAAUGCCAGUCUCCAUCUUGGGUCCUCCCACCAGCAGACUGGCCGCCGCCCAUCCAUAGAGGAGGCAGAGGCUGCCAAUUACGGCCAACCUCAGGAGUGUCUCCCUCCUUGUAACAACUUCAUGGGAACAUUUGGGAAGUCCCGCUGGAGGCCUCAGCAAGAUUUGUCCCCAGGAUACGGCCCUCUUCCAGCGAUGCACAAUGGAAAUGGUCUCCACGAGAACCCUUACAUUGCUCCUGAUGCAGACUCGGAUCACAAGGAGGACAGCUGCAGCAAGGACUCUGAAUCAGAGCAAAGCCACAGCAUUUACGAACUGCCGUUUGACAGCAGCAGGACGGAAUCUCAGAGCGGAACGAGCUCUUAGCAACUUUUUGUUGCUGACCAAAUCUUUUUUUUUUUAAAGAAUUCUACCUCACUGAGUCGACACUUUUGGAACAAAGGACUCCUGAAAUGUGCAACAAGUGAAUGUAAAGGAUUGGACAAAAAAGUACAUCAUUUAUGUAUAAAAGGCUGUGUUUUAAGGGAACAGCUUCAGUUAAAUAAAAUAGAUGAAUAUACACCUUUUAUAUAUAGAAAUAUAAAUUUUAUAUUUUGUAAAUUGUAUAUAAACAGAGUAUGUUAUUUUUGCUUAACUUCUGACAUGUAUGGGAAUUUUCAGCAGCCCUGCCAAUUCAGUUAUUCAAAUGUUUUGUGCUUUGAAUGAAGCAAUGAUUUGCACAUAAGUAAACAUAAUAAAAACACCUGAAUGUGUGCUGCUACAUUCACUGGAGAGUAUUUUAUAGUGUUGCUGCAUGACAACAUGGCGUUGGCUGUUUUUUUUUCAGGCCACCAAGAAAAAUGGAGGUGUGUCAGAAUUCCAUAUAUGGGAUUGCAUACUUUCUGAGCUGAGUUGCCUCAAAAGCAUAUAAAAGUAAUGCAUUUGUAGUUUUUCUUGCUGUAAAUGAGAGGAAAGUCAGCUCAACCAAUGCCAUUUUGAUGUUUUGUAAUAAUACAGUAAGUAAGUAAUUCAAAUUAAGUGGUUA